AGAAGGAACAUGCAAAACAAUUAUCUUAAAGGAAUCCACAUGGAUGGACAAAACUUCAAAUGUUUUGCGAAGUAUUGCAUUAUGUAUUGCGCUGUCGUGACGCAAUCAUCCUGCGACAACUAGAAAGCUGCGCAGUUGUUUGCUUUAUCGGAUUUGUCGGAAUUUUCCACUACGGAGUUUGUUUAGAGGACUUUAAGAAGAUAUUAUUGAAAAAACUGGAACUUGCUGGGUUCUGAUUCAGAACAAGGGGUUUAGACGAUCUAAUUACACCACAGUGGGAGCUAUUUUGGCAGUUUAUUUGUUGUGUGUGUGGUCCUUGAAAAUGGGAUCUACGGUAGGCUAGCUGUUGUUAGCAUCGUUAGCUCAGGUUAGCUAAAGAAAAAGUCCAAUUGGGGUUUUUACUACCGUCGUUAGCAUGGAAUAUACUGGAGGAGUUGGAGGAGGGGUGGUGGUGAGUGGAGGAAACGUCCCGGCGUUCUUAACAAAACUCUGGACUCUGGUGGAGGACCCCGAGACCGACCAUCUCAUCUGCUGGAGCCUGAAUGGAACCAGCUUCCAUGUGUUCGAUCAGUGCCGGUUCUCUAAAGAAGUCUUGCCGAAGUUCUUCAAGCACAACAACAUGGCCAGCUUCAUCCGACAGCUCAACAUGUAUGGUUUCCGUAAGGUUGUGCACAUUGAGCAGGGCGGUUUGGUGAAACCAGAAAAAGACGACACAGAGUUCCAGCAUCCGUUCUUCAUCAGAGGACAAGAACACCUUCUGGAAAACAUCAAACGCAAAGUCACUAAUGUCUCGUCGGUCCGUCAUGAUGAUGUGAAACUCUGUGCUGAUGACGUGAGCAAAAUCCUGAACGAUGUCCAGACAAUGAAGGGAAAACAAGAAACCAUCGACUCCAGGAUUAUCGCAAUGAAACAUGAGAACGAGGCUCUGUGGAGGGAAGUGGCCAGUCUGAGGCAGAAACAUGCUCAGCAGCAGAAAGUUGUCAACAAGUUGAUCCAGUUUCUAGUGUCUCUUGUCCAGACCAACAGGAUCAUGGGAGUCAAGCGAAAAAUUCCUCUGAUGCUGAACGACUCCAGCUCCACUCACUCCAUACCGAAGUUCAGCCGUCCAUACGUGCAGGCGGCAGCUAAUCCCUUCUCAGCCGACUCUGCUCUGAGUUCUGGACCAAUCAUCUCAGACAUAACAGAGCUGGCCACUUCUGCCUCAGACGACGUUGUCAGUGAGUGGAUUAACCCAAAGGAGAACGAAUCUGUUAACAUAAAGGAGGAGCCGUCCAGUCCGGAAGUGGAGGAAAUACCCAUUAUCGAGGAAGAGCCAGUGCAUGUGGAGACCCCCUUUUCACCCACCACCUUCAUCAACUCCAUACUUCAGGAAGAAGCACAGCCAGCAGCAGUUACCGCCACCCCCUCCCCAGCAGCCGCUUCAGUUGUUGUAACAAGCCCCGCCUCCGCCGACCCUGUCCAGCCCUCCCCAGCCAGCCAGCCGUCUGCCCCCGUUACACCCCACAGCGCCGGUUCCGGCCCGGCCACGCCUCAGCAGAAGUGUCAGACAAUCGCCUGCAUCAACAGAUUCCUCCCUCCCCCUGCAGGUGGACUCCCACCUGAGCUUUGGCGCAUCGUACCGACACAACCUGACAAAUCUGAACUUUCUGAUCACGUCGACAAUAUUGACAACACUUUGGACAACCUUCAGACCAUUUUAAACGCUCAGACCUUCACCUUCGACACCUCUCCACUCAUGGAGUUCUUCAGCUCCUCUGGAUCCACUGGAGACUUUGAUCUGGACAGUUUGGACACUCUGCUUUCUGACGAAGCCCCCAAAGCGAGCGAAGGGGACACAGGUAACGCCCGCCCGCCCGCCCGCCGUCCUUCAGGUGAGACUCUGUAUCUGCGUUGUCAUGGUGACACCCGCCGUCUGCCUGCAGGGAAACAGCUGGUGCAGUACACCGCCACACCUGUCCAGGUGCCUGAAGCGGUGAGUUUGGAGGACGGGGUCGCUGACCUGCCGUCCCUCCUGGAGUUGGAGGCGGGGCCGUUCUUUGGCUCCGACACGCCGGCGGACGACCCACCUGACGUCCUGCUGAAUCACACCCAACUGGACUCGAACCUCUGACACGAUCAGGACUGUGAGGAUCAACGACAGCAGCAAUAGUGGCGACAACGUGGAUCAGAUGUAGAUCACCGAUUAGUGCAAAGGUCACGUUUUUAUCAUAAGGGUGUUAUUGAUUGAUAUUAAUCCAUUUCUAUACUUGUUGGUUUUCUCUUUUAGAUUUUUAUUUCAGUUUGUUUUUUUCUUUUGCUUGUGCUUAGAGAGACAAAAAAAUUAACACAAUAUUAAAAAAAAAAAAAAGAAGAAAAUGACCUGUUCUGUGAAGUCACUCUUGACGGCGUGCCGCUCCAUUCAGGUGCAGGCGUGGACGCCGUGACCAGGAUCAGGUGACCCCGCCGUGCGCUUCUGUCCCUGUACCUUUGAGUAAGAUUUUAUUGCUUGUAAUUGUUUUCACCUGUACAAUUUAAAUGAAGAGUGAAAUAUUUUUCAAAGAGUUUAUUAAGAAGUGUUUGUUUUUUCUUCUUUUUCCUCCUGUCACCUCGGUUUCCAUGGAAACGGCAGACCGAUUCAGUCUUUUAGCCACUCUGACGAUAAGACGACUUUCUUUGCCGUCCUCUGGAUUUCUGUCGCCGCGUCUAACAGACGUCCUUUUUUUUUUUUUAAAUUUCUUUUUUAGCGCUUUUCCAUCUGCUUCCAGAACACGUAGGACGGAAAACGGCUAAAAAAAACAAACGUUUGGGCUUCUUCUGGAGAUUCCCCCCUUCUGCUGCAUCAGUAUUAGCUCUAAAUGCGACCCAUCCAAACGAGUAUCAGCAUCUAAAUAAGCUAUUUGCUGGUUGCAGUAUAUUUUACUGAUCGUUAUGGCGCUUUCGUAUCCAGAUCUUUACGUUUCUACAAAGCUUACGUGGUUCAGUGUGUGUAGAGCCAGAGAUGAAGACCUGAAAAUGACUUCAGGGGAUCAGGAGUCGCACUUCAGGAAUAAUUCCAGGCAAUUCCAUCUUAAAGACUAUAUUGAGAUAUAAACGACUCCUGAUGUCCUGAAGUUAUUUUACUGUCCAGGUGAUCCAAAGGCUUGUCAGCUGCUACACAGAGAUAAAGCAUCUGUGAUUUAAUAUAUUUUGCAAUUAAUUUAAGAGGAAGCCAUCUUUUUUAUGAACCUGUCGCUCAGCUUUCUUCAUGUCGGGGGAGAGGAGGAAAACGAAGACGGCCUGAAAACGGGAUGAGAUGUUAAACAGGUUGUUUGGAUUGUAAACUUUGGUUCAAUAAAAUGCUUAAAACAG